GAUCAGCUGAAGCGUAUGACGUGAGCAGCGCAAGCACGUUUUCGUUUUGUUUAGCGCGCACGCGGUCUCUUGCCAGCCACGUUUUUCAUAAACGCGUGCUAUACCGUCUAAUAUUUCCAACAUGUUUCUGUAUGAAAAGGAAUUUUUCGACAUAUUACAAUCUUAAAUCAGUGCGCACGUCGGCGGCCGUACUCACGAAAACAUGCCCGGACUUGUCUGAUCUUCUGGGCCGGGUAACGUUAGACAGGACUUCCUCGCGACCAUCAUGGACAACAAAUUUCCUGAUCAGCUUUAUCCACAUCUGUAUCUGGAUGGUCCGCCUGAAGAAGAGGCGAAACACAAUUAUGGAGGCUGGGGUUCAUACGAGCGAGUGCGCACUGUUGGUGCCGGGCCGUGUGAUGCUGAACAACCGUGGUCCCCUCCUGUGUUUGAACCCCAGCACGAUGUGAACAGUGAGGAAUGGCUGCCGGUCAAACCAGCCGUCGCCCCUUUAAUGCCACCAUAUGAAGAUGCCAAAGUCCCAUCUAUUGAUCUACCAGAUCCAAUGAAUUUUCCAGAUCAUAUGCACUAUUUCUACCAGCAUUACUUUAUGGAUGCCUUCUCCACAAUGGGACAUUUGCUCCAGGAUGACUUCACUUUCCAACGUAAAGCACCAAAGGAUGUUUUGUCAAUGCGCUGGUCUAGAGACUUUAUAAAUGGCUUAAAAUAUAAGAGGUGCGAGUAUGCAAAUUUCUCGAAGAAGAUCCGUCGUAUGCACCAUCUUCUCAGGGAUAUUGUGAGCGAUGUUCCUCCGUCUCUCCUUUCCUCGCUCCUCUAUGAAGAGCUGACGACUCAGAGGGAACGGCUGCAGUUCAGUGCAGAAAAUACAGGGGGCACUCUAGGAUUUGUGCCCUUGCGUGAUAACCAGAGCAGCAGAGUGGCCUCUCUGAUCUAUCCCAGGGGAGUCGGGAUGGACAAAGUCUUUUUCCACAAGGUGGUGCAACAUUUUAAUGACGACAAGCCUCCUAGUUUUGUCCUGCAACCCCAACCUAGUGUGUUUUAUUUGAAAGGCUCUAUCAGACAGAUCAGUCCUGGCAAAAUGGAAGAAGAAGGUCAUGUGGCUGUGCGGUCAGAUUAUUUAUGUGGCGUGUGGGUACUAGGAAGCCGAACGAAGCCACGGUUAGUGGAAGUCAUCGAGACCAAAGAUCCCUUCUCCUGCGUCACCGGCAGUCCACACAUGCCAAAUGAGUUUGUGGUGGUUAAUGAGCGGGGAGCAGCAUAUCUUUGGACCGUGCGCAGAGGAUUGCAGAAGUUCCGUGAGGAGAGUUCCAACCUGUACUUCAAUGCCAAGUCGUCAUGGCGAUGGUGCGAGUUCUCCAGUCACCCGAGAGUGAUGGUCUAUGCUGACAGAACAGGGGCGGAGCUUACAGACAUACGGUGUCAUGAAAAUACUCACACGUUAUUCCGGAUUGGAAAGACACCAGGUUGUGUUUCAGGAGAGCGAGUGAUAAUAGCCAAGUACCUGAGUAAAAGCCACGCCCAUCACCACCUUAUUAAUACCCAGUAUUCCACUUACAUCAUGGAUGAGCGGGUUCCCAGUGUUCCCAUGCUGAAAUGGAACCAUAUGAUGGAGGCUCCGCCAACAUUUGCCUGCGAUCUGCCAGGACAGACCCCAAGCCAAACCUGCAAAUUGCUGCUUGGUUCUCAGAGGACACAGGAAAUCAUGCUACUGCAGUACACGGGUGGGAGGGAGCAUGCCUGUCAGACUCAAGGACCCAUUCAGAGGCUUUUUAAUCCCAAAGAGUGUCUGAGCCACCUAAACCUUCAGCUACCUCACAAGAAACACAUCGCUCAGAAGAGACUGAACGUGCCUGUUUCAGGUUUUGCUGCUGUACAGUAUGAGGAUUACAUGUCCGUUUUCCAGCUCUCAGAGACAGGAGAUGUCUUUUACCAAACAUUGAAACUACAUGCAGAUCAGACCACGACUAGCAAGGACGUCCCAGAACAAGCUGUCAGUGUGGAACAUACUGGAGAAACUGGAGAAACCCAGAACAGCGACAGCCAAUCUUCUCAGAGCGACUCAGAGACUGAGGGACGCCAGCUCUCAGAGACUGGAAGCGUCAUUUCCCAAACAUUGGAACUGCAAAGAGCUCAGACCAGGACCAACAAGGACAUCCCAAAACAAGCUGUCUGUGUGGAACGUAUUGUAGAAAAUGGAGAGCAUGUGAAUUUUAAGUCCCACGCCAACAGCGAUGUCCAUUCUUCUCAGAGUGACUCAGAGGCUGAGGGACGCCAAGUGAUGCUUGAUCAUUUGGAAGUAAUUGACAACGUUGAUGUUGAUGACUUAAAUGCUUCGGAUACCGAUAAAGGUAUCAGCAAAGACCCAUUAAGCAGUUCUAUUGGCAAUAACCCAACUUGCUCUAACAGACCACCCAACCCAAGCAAGGAUCCUGAUCUUCAGGCUGCCUGGAACGAAUGGUUCAAGCCCAUUUUUAAAAAAGCAUCAGCAAAAAAACGACACUCUCAUUUUCGACGUUUAAGAACAGACGAUUUAAAUGGCUUAAAAGGCAAAAAGCCAUAUAAACGCGUGGAAGAUCACUUGACUAGAUUGAGGAGAGACCUUCAAGAGGUCAUGAGGAAGAAAGAGUCGCUCUCGCAUGGGGUCACUUACCUGCCUCACCUGAAUGUGAUGCCAGUUCCUGAUUCUAUUGAUCCUGACAAUUGGGACGACGAUCUGAGCCAGCGCUUGGCUGCCUCGUGGGAAGGCAAUUGGAAAAAUUGGUGGGAGGAGAAGCUGGGCUUGAACCAGUCCAAGAAAAUUGCUGCUCUCCGUAAAAAGCGUCAGAGAAUGAAGCAGGCCAAAGCUCGGCGUCGCAUCUCGCUUUCUGGAAGCUUCACCUCGUCUGUUAAAUACCAAGGAAGUGACUUUUGUUGGUCAUCGGCGGGGAGCCAGUUUCUGGAUUCUAAUGACGAGCCUUUGGAUGGAUCUCAAUCCAUGGACAUGGAGGAGUGGAUGUCUAGAUCUGAAAUGCGCAAAAAGAGCCCCAUCAUGCUGAGACGGUUUUUACAUGAUCAAUCGACUGUGGAAGAACCAGGGCAAUCUCCUGUACGAUCUCUUUUACAGUCUCCUCUGAGAAGGCCUGAUCAAGACUUUUUGACAUCUCCGUCAAAAUCUCAGUCUUCCUCUCGGGUUGAACGACCAAUCUCUAGCACCCCUUCUGUAGCAGUAGGGAUGGAUUCAGGACCUCGUCCAUCAUCACUCUCCUUGAAAAAACGGAAGUACCUUAAUUCUCUUCCCGCUUCCCAGACAUCUACUCAGAACUCUGCACCGGAUGAUGGAUUUUCUUUGUCUCAGGUUUACCUUUCUUCGCCAACUCCGUCGUCCAAGCUCUCCUUGUCUUCCCAGAGAGUUCCCCAAAUCAGAAGCUCCUCACAGGCCUCUCAGCCUAAAAAGAAGUCUCGAAUGGGCUUCUAAAAAUCUGGCUCCGAACAAGGAAUGCUACAAGGUAAGCUGUUUACCUUUCGCUCUCGUCCCACGCACCCUCUGGAAUUGUGGGUAGCUCUGGGAUGCUGCGGUAGCUGCUGUGCAAGUUCUGCGCUGUCCUCCGCGAGACGAUCCACACCAGUUUCUUGUGGUCAGGUUUGGCACAUUCUGGAGAGGAGUAUUCCCUGAUACACUGGUCUACAAGGCCACGCCAGUGUGCCAGGUCAGCCUUCGAGAUCUGAGUAGGGCAACAGACACUGCUCUAUUAGACACCAGCUUACAUAAGGUCAGGGCACAGAGCCAGCGUAAUAUCAUAUUAGAAGGGACCGACAAGUGUAAACUUAGAGUCUGCUGGCGACGGGACACUUUUAAGUGCUUUGGAUUUUUUCCUACACUGUGGAUGUACGUGCAGCUGAAACUAAGGGAUUAUUUUUGAUCAGUCAAUUGUAAUGGAUUUUUGUGUUCACAAUGGUGGUACAAUAUUGUUCGAUUAAACUAGUUCUGCUUGA